AUGCUGCAUCUGCAUUCCUCAACGUUGCAGUCCACAAACAUUGUUCGGGCCUUCUCCACUUCCAAGCCACUUGCACAGCGACCUCGGAGGCAAGGGACACAUCCUAGAUCACGGAUCAAGCUCAAGCAUGGUGACGGAUACGUGAACAUGUUAGACAACGUUUCUCAGUUCGGCCCCGGAAAAGGCACUCUACCACCGAACCUUGAGGAAGUGCGACGGAAGUAUGGAUUGACUGAUAGAAAGUACGAUAUAUACUGGAGAAUGGUUGCGGACACGAAGCUCAAGUCUGGCACUGGUACAAGAUUCAAAUUUCUCAAUGUGAAAGCCCAUUCUAAGCUGCUAACCUUGACUCGGGGAUUAACGGGAGUGGACCACAGACUGAUCAUGAAAGACGCUCAAAUGAUUGCCGAUCGAAUACGACAAGAUGCAGCAGAAAAGAAUAAAGAUACAAUGCUGCAACGCCAGGCAGAAAAAAUAAAAACUCUCAAAGCAUUCCUAGAGGAGGUCAAGAUACCUUCCGAGAUCCAGAGGGCGUUGAAGAAGACCGAGGAUAAGAUUGAUAAGUUGCGGGCUCGCAUAACACGGCGCGAAGAGGGGAAGCUGGCCGAAACGAGUGCAGGAAAGUCGAGCGGAGUAACAAUCGAUACUAUCAGGCAUGUGCAAGAGAUUGACGAGGUCGACCGACUGCUUCAUACCUAUAAGCAACAAGUCAACGAAAUUCGCGAACAAGCUCAACAACUGGAAGAAAUCAAAACACGAAAGGAAGCGAUUUUGUCGAAGAAGCGCUUGCUACUGAAGCAGCUUGAAGAGAAUGAAGAGCCGGAGGCCAAGAGGAUUCCUAAAACCGUGGACGCCAAUGAUCGGGAGAAUCAGCCUACUUCGAAGAGUUUGGACUUAAUACUCGACCAAGCAAUGAAGAUGGUUGGCAGGGGCUGGGGGGAGCCAAAGCUACAAAGUACAGGUCUUAAUUCCGAGAACAUACGGGCAACAGCACAGGUAAAGGAGGGUACCACUAUACAACUGCAGAGGCCUGGAAUAGGCUCGGUAUCUCGAUCAAGGUCCGAAGACCAAGACCAAGACACAAAUGGCAAAGACAUGAAUUCGGUCAUUUCUACUGCAUCUAGGCCGAGUGAUAGCCUGCGUUUGCAGGUUCCCACUUCCGGGUUUAUUCCUAUUGACGAGAAUCUCAUUGUCAUAUUUGAGGGAUCGGUCCCAGAACUUCAAUCAUAUGUGUUCGAAAUGGCUCAGCGCCUCAAAAACUCAUAUCCGCGUAUCGACACGCUGCCAUAUGAUGUAUGGACCAGCCAGAACAAAGCGACACUGCAGACGUGGCUCAAGAUCUUGGUAAAGAAAUGGCAGACCCGAUUUGACACCAUUGGUCAGGUAGAGAAAGACAUUAUGGAUGGGCGAAUUCAAGCUGUACUUGAUCGAAUGGUUCGCGAUCACGAUCUCAGCAACGAAGCUGCGGAACGAAUGGCAGUGCGGUGGUACCAAGUCUUUGAUAAUAGAGGCGCAAUGCAUGGAGAUGCAGAGGGAGCAAUAAACUGGGAUGAGUUUCAAGCUGAAGGCCUGGGAUUCUUGACCAGUGAGACGGAGUCCGAGGUGCCGUCACAACAAGGGCAAGCAGAAGCCAGGCCGCUACCAACGACGCUCUCAAGCACGAACAAGAGACCAAGUCUACACAGAGAUUUAGACAGCCAAGUUUUUCAUGACUCCACUGCGCGCAAAAUGUACUCGACCUCUUCGCGAUCCAUAUUACCAGAUCUCGACCUCGCAUCACAGCAAAAAGAGAAGGAAAAAGACGACGGGAGAGAAUUACCAGAGCCAUACCUACCACACCUUACCCCCUCGGGCUCAGCACACAUGGUAUCCGUAUCUACGAAACAGCACACCAUCCGCACCGCCAUUGCCAUCGGCUCGGUCCACUUCACAAACUCAACCCCUCUCUCCCUCAUCCGCUCCAACACCGCCAAAAAGGGCGACGUCCUAGGCGUAUCCCGCAUAGCAGGCAUAAUGGCAGCCAAAAAAUGCCCCGAUCUAGUUCCCCUAUGCCAUCCCAUCCCACUAACCCAUGUCAGCGUCGAACUUGCCCCUUUCUCCGACGGACAUGGAGGCGUGAAAAUCGAAGCCAAAGUCCAGUGUACGGGACAGACGGGCGUGGAGAUGGAAGCACUGACGGCGGUUAUGGGUGCGGCGCUGAGUGUGGUUGACAUGUGCAAGGCGGUGGAUCGAUUCCAGAGAGUGGAUGGGGUGAGAGUGGUAUUUAAGGAAGGUGGAAAGAGUGGGGUGUGGAGGGAGGAGGGGUGGGAGAGUUGGCAGGAGUAG